AUGCACGGGGGGUCGGAGAGCAGCAAGCAGUCCGGUGUUACGGCAACAGAAAGGGUCGACGCCAUCGGCGAGAGCUUGACGGAUUCAGGGGUCCAAACGAACACUGACGACUCUCUGACAGAAGGUCGCCAAACACAAACGCGAACUGAGCUCGAACUCCAUACGCAGCAUGAGAUUACGAGCGAUGGGCAAGACCAAAGCACACGCACACUACUGCCAUACCAACAGGCGCAACAGACGCUGCAACCUACAAUUUCGACGCACAAGAGUAUUGAGCGACACUCAGAUACUCAGCCAGAGCCAAAGUCUCAAACCGAACCAACUGUCUAUCCGCAGCCAGACACACUGACAGCCCGUAAUACAGCCCAGCAAUUGCCAUCACAACCCAUCAACCCGAAUGCACGACCACCCACAGCCCCCUUACCAUGUACCCUCUACUCACCGCCUUCCCCCUCAACAAUCUAUUCCUCCUCGUCAGAAUCCGAUUCAGAAUCAUGCUCCAGCACCGGAAGAAGCCUUCCCAAUAACAUCCCCCUCCCUCCCACUCGUCUCCCCUCCCCCGUCCUCCUGCGCCCCAAAACCAUGAAUCACGGCACCUUCACCAAACUCCGCAACGCCAACCUCGAAGUACUGGAAGUUUUCAAGCAGCUAACAAGGCCAGAAAGGGCAAGGAUCGAAGACGUUUCAUACUGGCAAAAGGAGCUUUUGCCCGAGGCGGAGCGGUUGUUCAAGGAAGCCACGAAGGGGGUUGAUUGUGAUGAGGAGAAUGGCGAGGAAAGCGAGGAUGAUGAUGGUGAGACUGAAAGGGAGAGGAAAGAGAGAGAAGCCUGGGUGGAUGAUCGUGGAUUGGAUCAGAGACCAAUAACUCUGGAGUGGGAGCCUGACACGACGCAACUGUUCAAGUGGCGGUUCAGAAGAAUCGAGGUUUGGGUUCAGAAGCUGGAGCUGAAAGGGCCGAAGGAUUUGGGAGGGUUGGAGGUGAAGAUGCCGAAGGGUUGUUCGGGGAGUUCAGUAGGGCAAAAAAAAGCGUACGGUACCGCUACAGGCUCGGGCUCGUCUUCACCCGCCGCCGCCGGCGCCGGUAAUGGAAACGACGUGCGGGCUGAAACAAGAACGGGAACGGGUAGGACGGCAAAGGUGAAAGUAAUUACCACCAGUCCCAAGACCGCCGCCGCCCCUAACAAUACCCCCGCCACCACCCAAGAGCAAUGGAAACAUUAUAACAACGUCCGGCCAAUAGUGACAGUCAAGACUGAGACAGAGAAGAAAAAGAGGCGUCGAAGGCCAACAAGAGCGGAAAAAGGAAAGGGCAAAGCUGUGGAUCCCGUUGCGGCCACAGAAGGAAGUGGAAAGGGGGCGGAACAAGGCAUUGUCGAUAUGUGGGCAGGGGAGUUUGGGGAAAUUACUAGCGAGGAGGGUGAGUGUAGUGAGGAGGAGUGA